AUGCUGGUCUCCAAGGUCUCCUGCUCAUUACUGGCUAUCCUUCUUGGGUUUCUGAUGGUGCAGUCAUGUGAAGGACAGUCCCGAGAAGAUUUUGAGUGGAAGCACACUGAUUAUCCAAAAAGCUACUCAACUUCCCACCCUGACACCUACUGCAAGCGGAUGAUGCUUCAGAAAAGGUUGACUCGAUAUGUUUGCAAGGACAUAAAUACCUUCAUCAACAACCGCCCUGUAAAUGUGGUACAAGUGUGCAGAGGCAGAGGGAUUCCCCAUGGUAGUGACACCGAUAGCAUAGACUCCUUUGAUAUGGUCAUCUGCAGAUACACAGGUGGUCCGGCUCCUUAUGACUGCAGGUACAGCGGCACACCCACACACUUGCGCAUUCGUGUGACCUGCACCGGCAUUUACCCAACACACUAUGUGACUCAAAUGCGCUAG